AUGAAAAAUGUAGAAGAAAAUGCCUUAGAUGUGGACUUGAAAAUAACUAAAGAUCUCUCAAUCCCUUCAAAGAAUGAAUCCGGAAGCAUCAAUAUAGUUGACAAAUCACUAAUUUCGAUUCCUCUAGAACUUAUAACGACAGGCAUCAAAGAUGUGGAGCUUUUGCUAGAUAAAAAACUGCUAAUAGUCACAACCUACCUAGUAAAACGGCUGAUACAAAUUCAAGAUCGGAAUCUGGCGAAGGACAAGCUUCAAAGAGCUCUGAAAAGACUCUACGAUAUUAAAAAUGAGCUUUCUAAUAUAGAGGAGGAACUAGACCUCCAAAUGAACAACCUUAUCGCAAGGCUAACUGAACUCAGGAACGAACCAGACUUGUAUACGGGCCAAAAAAACCAAAAGUUCUGUUUUGAUACAUAUAGAAAGCGAGUUUCAUGGAUAUUAGGGGAAUAUCUAUCCAAAAAAAGCUUCUCGGAUACUGUUAGCCUUCUAGUAAAGGCGGAAGGAAUUGAAAAACUCGUAGAUUUACAGCUUUUUGAAACGUUUAACAGGAUAAAGAGUGAUUUAGAGCAACAUGUCAUUAGCUCUGCUCUAUUAUGGGCAGAAGAAAACGAACAAAAAUUGGCAAAGGUUGGAUCCGUUCUCUUGCAUGAAUUGAGGCUACAAAAGAUCGUAAUGGCGUUUGACAGUAGCAACAUGAAUGAAAUGUUGGAACUCAUUGGGAAGUACGUUACGAAUGAUGUUUUAAAUAGAUGCCCAGACGCCAAAAAAAUUAUUACGGCGGCGAUUUUUUACGCAGGAAAUCCAAUGGUUGAAAUACAAAAGGAACCAAUUUCAAAAAAGAUGAGCACACUUACAAACUUUACCACCGUUGACACACUUUUAGACGAUGAAAUAGUAGAAAGCACACGAGAUGAAGCGUACGGUGCAGGAUCUGCGGUACAUGCCAGGUAUAUCCCUCUGGUUGGGGACAAUCGUUGGAGCAUGUUGAUUAGAGAAUUUGAAAGGGACAUGACAGCCCUGUAUGGGUUCCGGGAAAAAUCUGUUUUAGAGGACCUCAUUCAGGCUGGAUUCAGUGCUAUCAAAUCAAAAGGCUGCCGUGACGGCAAGAGUAAAACCUGCCCAUCAUGCUUACCGGAAUGGUCAAGUUAUGUCGAACAGAUACCUACUCUUCACAAACUCCAAUCUAUCCUCAUUUGUCCAAUAACUGGUGCCAUUAUGGACUACUCAAAUCCUCCUUUCGCAUCUCCAGACGGAUACGUUAUCUCAAAAGCCGCGCUCGACAUUUUAAAUCGCAAUAAUGGCGGUAACGACUAUGUUAUAUGUCCCAACACAAACAAAAAGGUACAUAUUUCCGAAUUUAAACGGAUAUUUAUAACUUGA